UGGGUGUGUGUGUGUGUGUUGUAGAAUUAUAUAAAACCAACAUUGAGGAGGAAACCCAAUGAAACAAUGAAUAUCAAGACCACCUUCUGUUUUACGUUGAUUUACGGACUUUUGGUGUUUGGAGUGGUGUAUUUUGUUAUGCGUAGAGAUGACAAUUUACUCCUGGCACAACGACACAAAACAUUGUCUGGUGUAAUAACCGUGAGUGGAAGUAGGCCUACUGCACGCAAGAACAUCACAAUGCAGAGACCAACCAAAAAACAAAAUAAAACCAUCGAUUUAACCACAGUGGAACCAGUCGUCAAUCCUCAUCGUUUCGAGUUUACAAUACACAACCAAGCUGCCUGCUUCAACAGGAACAACUCACACGGAGAACUCUUCUUGGUUUUGCUCGUCAAAUGUGCAACUUUCGAGAAGUUGGACCGAGAGCAAAUCCGGAAAACUUGGGGAGGUGUCAAGGAGGUUCUCGGUAGACGAGUCCUGACGAUGUUUCUUCUAGGGGAGUCAACGGACCCCAUCAUUCGGAGACAAAUUCAAGAGGAAAACCGUGAAUUCCAUGAUCUUAUCCAAGAAGACUUCAUCGAUGCGUACACAAAUCUGACUUACAAAAACAUGAUGGGACUGAAGUGGGUCUCGAUGUACUGCCAUCAAACCAGCUUUGUAUUCAGUGUAGAUGCUGACAUGAUGAUUAACAUUGUAACACUGGUGAAACGUCUGUCCAAAAUGCCCAAGACUAACUUUGCAGAAGGACAUCUUAGGACAAAUGUCAUCGUAGAAAGAGGAAACAAAUCCAAGUGGUACAUCCCAAAGGAGGUUUACGCUCCUAAAAGGUAUCCACCUUUUCUUAAUGGCGCUUGCUACGCAAUGUCUCGAGAUGUAGCUGUGCGUGUCUUUGACAAGAGUAAGUAUGUUCCGUUCCUUCGUCUCGAUGAUGCAUUUGUAGGAAUAACUAUGAACAAAACCGGCAUCAUUCUGCGAUUUUCUCCGAUGUACGAGCAAUAUUCGAAGAAGUACUCUGAGGCGAUGAAAAAGGGUAUUGGAGUUGGAAUACUUCACAACAGACAUCGUCUCAAUGAUAAAAUGUUGAGCCUUUGGCAUAAACUAGUUGGAUCGCAAAUUUAGGACAUGUCAUACUAUAUGACGGCCUUGUGACCAAUAUUUACGACAUGGAGUCCUGUGAUUAAGUCGUGAACUUUGUCAGUGUCGUCAGUUUGUAUGACUUGGGGUCAAAGUGAGUGUCGUCAAUAUUCAGGACUUGAGGCACAAGUCAUGAAAUUGGUCGUAAUAAUGGCGUCAAUAUUCACGAGUUGAGGCUCAAGUCCUGACUUUUGUCGUAAAUACUGGAGUCAAUGUUUAUGACUAAAGACACGGAACCCUGAAACAGAGUGUGGCUUUUAUUUAUAAAAUACGUUUAAUACUUUUAAUUAGUCCUGUCACUAUAGACUUAAAUGAUGUAUCGUACGUACGGCGAAACGCUAGUCCAGCAGUCCGCAGAGAAGCGUUAAGCCCGGUUCAUACUUCCUUCCUGCGAAUUCAUAGAGCGAAGCGAAUGUUGACAUCAAAUUCACGUCAAAUUCGCAUUCGCAGGAAGUAUGAACCGGUCUUUACCGCGGUAUUUCUUAUAUAUAGGUUUUCUCGGUCAAUUUCGGAAAAUGUGCAGCCAAUUUAAUUUUCAUGCAUUCGAAUUAAAGCUAU